CCAUUUUGCAGAUAGGAAAGCUGAGGCUCAGGGAGCCUCCAAAGCUUACCCCUGUCCUGGGAGUUGGCAGGGGGCGUCCACAGUACCAGGGGACACACACCAGGAAGUCUCCUGGGGAAGGAGGGCCAGCCCAGGGGCAGACUCUUUUCUGUGCUGCGACGUCUCCCCUGCACCCCAGGGAUGAUGAGUCUGGGAGGGGCUGGUCACCCAUGAAAGCUUCGGGGAGGGGCUGGUGGCCAGGCCGGGCACCCCAGAGCUCCACAGGCAGACAUGGCGUGGCGGCGUCAGGCAAAGAGCUUGGUGGCUGGGUGCUAUGGUAGGAAGAUCCCAGUGCUGUGAGAGUGAGACAGGUGAUUGAAUGCCAGGCUGGCUUGCCCGUUCUCUGUGGGUGCCGGCUGUGGCUCCCGCCCAGGUGGGCACCACGUCUGAAUAAUGUAUGAAGCCUCCGGUUGCAUGGAGGAUGGAAGCGCUUUGGGCAGCAUCUGUGGGCAGAGCCUUCAGGGAUGUGAGGUACAUCUGGGCACAACUAGCUGGCAAGGAAAGAGGAUGGCAGAGCCUCAAGCCGAUGCCAGGGACUGGUCGCGUGUCCCGGAACGUGCCAAAAACCUGCCUCGUGAGCAUGGCGAGAGCUCUGCCAGGGCAGUACCAGCUGGCCCAGGAGCCGCAGGGCUCCCGAGGGCCAUCCAGCAAAGGCGGGAGGCGUAACCGGGCUGUCAGUGGGACCUGUGGGUGUCAGGGCUCCUUGUUCCCCUCCUGUGGGAAGCAGGCGCCGAGCGAGGCUGCAUGUAGAUGCCUGUGAGGGUGAACUGUGGCGGAGGACACUGAUUGCCGGGUGCAGAUGAGGGCCCCAGAAAGGUCCCCCAGGUUGCCUCACUCGUGGCACGGGCCCGGCAGCAUUGUGGUCAGUGACACGGAGGAGGACAGAAGGCCAUGUGCACAGCACGCAGAGCAGGAGGAGGGGGGAAGAAAGAGCAGGCACGGGGCAAGUGGAGCCGCAGCCAUGCCUGGAUGCAGCAGGCAGGGCCACCCACGAACAGGGCGGGGCCCUAACCUCCGACCCAGGCCGGUUGCAGCAGAUGGGGCAGAGAUGUGAAACAGCUGCAGAGCGGGACGAGGGUGCUGCCGGCACAAGGCUGACCACGUAGCACAUCAAAAGAGGCCCACUGCUCAGUGGAGCGUGGAAGACGAGGAGGAGGCCACCCGCGACCCAUGCCGGCAGGAGAGAGACCGGCAGCUUCAGGCCCAGGAUGUGGACGGAGGCAGCCAUGUCCCCGAGCGGCCGGAGCACGAGAUGCUCCUCAGCCUGAAGCCCUCGGAGGCCCCUGAACUGGAUGAGGACGAGGGCUUUGGCGACUGGUCCCAGAGGCCAGAGCAGCGGCAGGAGCAUGAGGGGGUCCAGGGCGCCUCGGACAGCAGAGAACCCCCCCGGUGCAGGAGUCCUGAGGGGGAGCAAGAGGACAAGCCCGGCCUGCAUGCUGGUGAAAAGGAGGACGGUGAUGAAGUCCACCUGGAGGAGUUGAGUCUGAGCAAGGAGGAGCCAGAGCCAGAGGACACUGUCCAGGACAACCUGGGGGCCGCAGGGGCUGAGGAGGAGCAGGAGGAGCACCAGAAAUGUCAGCAGCCCAGGACACCCAGCCCCUUGAUCUUGGAGGGGACCAUUGAACACAGCUCACCUCCUCUGAGCCCCACCACCAAACUCAUCGACAGGACCGAGUCCCUAAACCGCUCCAUAGAGAAGAGUAACAGUGUGAAGAAGUCCCAACCAGACUUGCCCAUCUCCAAGAUUGACCAGCGGCUGGAACAAUACACCCAGGCCAUCGAGACCGCUGGCCGGACCCCCAAGCUAGCCCGCCAGGCCUCCAUAGAGCUGCCCAGCAUGGCCGUGGCCAGUACCAAGAGUCGGUGGGAGACGGGUGAGGUACAGGCUCAGUCUGCCACCAAGACUCCGUCCUGCAAGGAUAUUGUGGCUGGAGACAUGAGCAAGAAAAGCCUCUGGGAGCAGAAGGGAGGCUCCAAGACCUCAUCAACAAUUAAGAGCACCCCAUCUGGGAAGAGGUAUAAGUUUGUGGCCACCGGGCAUGGGAAGUAUGAGAAGGUGCUUGUGGAGGGGGGCCCGGCGCCCUAGGCCUCCUGUCUCGCUUCCUGGGUCUGCAGGUCCAGACGGGCGACACCCUCCAUGUACCCAGGGGAGAUCCCAGCCAGACACCUGCACCCCCGCCCUGGCUAAGAAGUUGCUUCCUGUUGCCAGCAUGACCUACCCUCGCCUCUUUGACGCCCCCCGCUGCCACCUCCUUUUGCUCCUGGACCCUUUAGCCUCUCUGCCCUUCCUCUCUCUGACCCCAACCACCCCCCGCCAGCUCUGCUUCUCACUACCUGGGGGAGGAAAGAAACUCCUGAUCGUUGGCCAGAGGAACUUACCCCUGGAGAGGCCAAGUACCUUCUAGGAAGUUAGGAGGUUGAGGCACAGCCCUGUGCAGAGAGGGCGGGUCACCCCCCAGAUCCAAGGGGAAACUGCAGGUCAAGGGCUGGUAACGGCCACGCAGGAAGCUUGAUGCUGCAUCCCCCCCGCACUCUGCUUGCCACCCCCCACCCCGCCAUUUUAUAUAAUAAAGCUCCCUGUGUAUUCUCGUG